UUAAGAAAUGUGGCUUCCCCCCUCUCCUUCCUGGGAAAUAUUAAUAGAUGUUGCCAACGGGACAGAGCUCUUUAAGGGUGUUGUGUAAAAUACCUCGCUUUGUGUUCACUGCAGCACUGAGCAUACAAACACCUUUUGAUUUUUCUCCAGAGAAGGAAAGACAGGGCAAAUUUUGGAGAUUUUGGAGGCAGCAAAGAUGCUCUGCAACAGCAGUAACAACCAUCCCCUCGUCUGCACAAAACUGGGAGCUAUUGACUAUUCAUGGAAAAGCGUCCGCAGCGGCAGAGCCUGUGGAAAAUGACAGCGUGUAACAAGAUUGACUGGCAUUUCCUUCACGCUGGGUCACAUGCCUGCUAAUUCACACACACACACUGGCUCAUAGGCUGAUCGAAUGACUGCUAUCUCUGCACUGCACAUACCUUCCACAGAAAGAGUUGUUUUAUUAUGCACAUGUACAGCUCUGUUUCCAAUCAGUCACCUUGAGCGAGUGACUGAGGGCCAGUGUUGGCUCCAUCCUGAGCUCUCUGCCUUUGCUCUCUAAGGGGCACAAUCUCCAUCCGCUCUCACCUGAACUUUGGCUGCCUGGUAUAUGCUGUUUGGAUAUCCUUAAGAGAUCAUCCAGGAAUGGUGGAUCACUUGCUGCCUACUGAUGAAUCCUUUUCAUCAACAAGGUCUUCUCUUGGAUACUUUGGGGACAUGACAGCUGGCGUGAGGUCCUACCAAAUGCUGCCCUCUCCCCUGUCAGAAGAUGACAGUGACUCGUCCAGCUUUUGUUCUUGUUCCAGCCCUGACUCCCAGGUCCUCAGCUCCAGCUAUGGAAGCACAUCCAGUGCAGAAAGUCAGGACAGUAUCUUAGACUAUUUAUUGUCCCAGGCUUCUUUGGGGAACACCACCACUGCAUCAUGGUGGGACAAAAGGAGACUUCAGCCAAUAGUGAAAGAGGAGUACUUUAGGUUGCCUGAAUUUCCCGUGGAUAUGGAAGACUCAGGACCAUUUCAGCCCACGCUUGAGGAGAUUGAGGAAUUUUUGGAGGAGAAUAUGGACUUGGAGCUCAAAGAAAGACCUAAAAGCGAGACCAAGGACUUGAGAGCUUGCAGCCAGGUUUCUGUUGCUUCGCUGCAGCAAAAAGACCAUAUGUUACCCAGUACUAGUUUAAAAGAGAGUAAAAAUGAGCAGUUGACUAGCUCAACGGAAGGUGGCCAAGCUUCAAAUGGAGGAGUGACCCUGGAGAAUGGAAUACCAGUUAUGCUCCAAAUUCAGCCUGUGCAGAUCAAACAGGAGUCCAACACCAGCCCCACGUCCCAAGGACCAGCACAGGAGAACAUUAAAAUUGCACAGCUCCUUGUCAACAUCCAAGGACAGACAUUUGCCCUUGUGCCUCAGAUAGUUCAGUCGUCCAAUUUGAACUUGUCCUCUAAAUUUGUCCGCAUUGCUCCCGUCCCCAUCGCCGCCAAGCCAAUUGGGCCAGGGGGCAUGAUCCAGGGGCAGACGGGAAUCAUCAUGGGUCAGAAAUUUCAAAAGAACCCUGCAGCUGAACUCAUUAAAAUGCAUAAAUGUUCUUUUCCUGGCUGCACCAAGAUGUACACGAAAAGCAGCCAUUUGAAAGCCCACCUGAGGAGGCACACAGGAGAAAAGCCCUUUGCGUGCACGUGGCCGGGCUGUGGAUGGAGGUUCUCCAGGUCAGACGAGCUGUCCCGGCACAGGCGCUCCCACUCGGGGGUGAAGCCCUACCAGUGUCCAGUGUGUGAGAAGAAGUUUGCUCGCAGCGACCACUUGUCCAAGCACGUCAAGGUGCACCGGUUCCCGCGCAGCAGCCGCUCCGUGCGCGCCGUGAACUGACGGCUCCUGCCCUGCCUGCCCGCCGGCCGUGCCCAGAGCCACCACAGCACUUUGCUCACCACCACCUUCCUAGGGAUAAUUUAUUUGUCUCCACAGAACAGUCCAUGCUGUUACUUGAUACCACCGUGUUUGAGUGCCCCCAUGUCCUUCAAAGAUGAUUGGAGAAUGAAGCUCUUUUUGGGUCAGGGGAGCGGGGCGCUUCUUCCUUUUUUUUUUUUUUUUUUUUGUUUUCUUUUAAGGAUAUUAUUUUCCUUUCCUUCUAUCUGUCUCUCCUUUGCUGCUGCUUCUUUUGGAAAUUAUAGUGUUUUAUUUUUAGCUGUUUUCUGCUGCACAGGAAAAUGUAAAAGUUGCUUGCUGCUAGUUAAUUAUAGCCCUGGCAUUCCUGAGGGCUUUGCUCAUGUACAGGCCACUCAUUGUGAGUUUUUAUUAAGCUGGUCUAUUUGUCCAGUUUGGAAACAGCAAAUUCCUUUUGAAAUGAAAACAACUCCUUUGUUUUUGGGUCGCCUGAGCCAAGGAUUUGUAGGGGCUGGCCAUAGGAGGAGGAACAGUGGGAGUUGGGGAUAGGGGGAGACAGGGCUUGGAGAGCACUGGAAUGUGCCUCCAUGCAUCUCUGAUUUUCCCAGCUCACAUUUACCUUUCCCUUGGCUAGGUUAUAUAUAAAUAUUUAUGUAUACAUAUUCAUACAUACAUACAUAUAUAUAUAUAUAUUUAAGGAAAGACACAUCCCAAGCAAAUCCAGAAGCUCAGGCUGGAUGGAAUGGCUUGGAGUGAAGCCUCUGGAACUGUGUGUGUGCUUCUGUCCCGUGCUGCCGAGGGGUGCAAGGAUGCCCAGGCUCCAAAGGACACUGCUUUCCUUUGAGGCUGGUUUGUAGCAUCCACUGCCUUUAGCAGAAGAGCUGUUGUCUGCCCACGAGGCAGCACAAAGGUGUUUGUGAGAGCCUCUGAGCUCUGUUCUGUCUCUGCCCCUGCCCUCUCGUGUGACCUGGGGUGAGAAAGCAGAGCCCCAGCCCUGGGGGUGCCUGGUGAGCACUGGGCUCACCAUCACAGCAUCCCCACACCCACUGAGAGUCAGGGCCUGGCUGGCUGGAGCUCAGUGUCUGUGUGCAGGCAGGGUCUGCAGGAUGUGCCUGUGCCCAGAGAGAGUGGAGGGAACCCCGAGCUGGUGGGACAGUGCUGUGAGCCCGAGGUCUGGGAGUGAUCCUCAGUGCCAAUCCUCUUCCUCCCAACAGCCAUGUCAGAGCUCCGUGCAGCUGGGGUGGGCACAUGGGUGAGAACAGCAGCCAAAAGAAACAAAUUUGUGUGAUAGCUGGCUAAGAAGGGAAUUUAAGCAAAUAAUCAGAUGGUAGCAGGCAAGUGAUUUUAUUUGUGUUUCUUCUUGUUUUGUUUUUCCUUUUGAACUCUGGCGAUUGUACGAAGCUUUAGAAGAAAAUAGGAUUCAGUAAUUAGGGAUGAUUUUACAAUGGAUGUUGCAUUUCCUUUCCAUUCGCAGACGGCAUCUGUUUGUCUUUUCUGUUGGCAAAAUGGGAAGGAGGAAAGUGUGAUCCUAGAGCUAGGCAGAGCAGGAGCCCAUGCUGUGUGAGAGCAGCAGGUCUGGCUAAAGUGAAUGCAUUCCUUUUGUCCUCUAGAAAUUAAUAUAAAUGAACUAUCAUCUAUUGACUGGUUUAUAUCACAUCCUAUGAAUGUAUGUAAAUAAAACUGUACAUAGAUGCGUAUCUAUAUAAAAUAUCUUUUAAUAACGUAUCAAAUUUGUGUAAAUUGGAAACAAAAAUACCUAUAAAGCCAGUGUACAUAAGUUACAAUUCUGUAUAUUUUCUUUUGUUCUUCAUAAAAAUAUAUUUACUUUGACAAUAAAAUGAAAAUGGAAAUUUUAAA